AUGAGUUUGGCGCGCGCACAGAGGAAAUAACGCAGCAGCAAUCACCUAACAGCUGUCUUCAGACGUCCAAAGUGGUCAUGUCUGGAGAAGAAGAAGCGGCCGCUCAGCAGAAGAAGAAGGAGCUCGAGGAGCCUCCGGCGGAGUCGGCGGGCGGCUCCGCCGAGCCGCAGACUCCUCUCUCCUACCGGGCCGUGGUGCUGACGGGGUAUGGUGGCUGCGAAAAAGUGAAAAUGCAGGUGAAAACUCAGCGCCAGCCGCAGCUGAAGGCGGGAGAGGUUCUGGUGCGCGUCAAAGCUUGUGGUCUGAACUUCGCCGACCUGCUGGGAAAACAGGGGCUGUACGACUCGCUGCCGCCGCCGCCCGUUACCAUGGGGAUGGAGGGAGCAGGGGUCAUCGAAAGAGUCGGCGAGGAGGUGAAGGACAGGAAAGUGGGAGAUCGUGUCAUCAUGAUGAGCCGCCAUGGCAUGUGGCAGGAAAUGGUGGUGGUACCUGUCGUACAUACCUUCCCCAUGCCAGAGUCAAUGAGUUUUGAGGAAGGUGCCGCUUUGCCCAUUAACUACAUGACCGCCUACCUAAUGUUGUUUGAGAUGGCCAAUGUCAGGCCAGGCAAGAGCAUUCUCAUCCACAUGGCUGCCGGUGGUGUGGGUAUCGCUGCUACGCAGCUAUGUCAGACAGUCCAGGAUGUGACUGUUUUUGGGACGGCAUCGGCCUCCAAACAUGAGGUCAUUUCCAAAGGUGGAGUAACUCACCCCAUCGACUACCGCAAAGAUUACGUAGCAGAAAUCCGCAAAAUCAGUCCAAAAGGAGUGGACAUAGUCCUCGACCCACUAGGUGGCUCAGACACUCAAAAAGGUUUUAAUAUGUUGAAACCUUUGGGCACACUUGUAGUGUUCGGUGCAGCCAACAUUGUGACGGGCCAGAAGAAGAACAUACUGGCCGUGGCUAAGACCUGGUACAACCAGCUGUCUCUCAGUGCCUUGAAACUGAUGCAGGCCAAUAAGUCCAUUGGCGGCUUCCACCUGGGCUACAUCACUGAUGACCAGCUCAUGCAGAGGACUAUGGCCGCACUGCUGGAGCUCUACACACAGGGAAAGAUCAAACCCCACAUUGACGCUUGCUACCACUUUGAAGAGGUGGGCGACGCCAUGAGGCGCAUGCAUGAACGCCAAAACAUUGGGAAGAUUAUCCUUCUUCCUGAACCCAAGAAGGAGGAAGAAAAGGCCAAGUCCAAUCCUGAGCCUGCCGGCAGUGACAACAAAGCAGAAGCUGCCGUGCAAGUGAAGAAAGAAGAGGCUGCAGAGGAAGUGAAAACGGAAAAGGAUUGAGUAAGAGUGUUGAGCACUUCCUCCUCGAGUGUCUCUACUGUUCAGCUGUUUAGGAAGAGUUUGGUUGUCCGCAUUUUCAGAUAUCUUGAAUUGAGAGCGGUGGUGCAUUGUGACGGCAUUAUUUCUAUGCAGCGUUUCUGUUUCUAUGCAGUUUAAAUAAAAAUGUAUUGUGUCACAUCACCCAAAGGAGUCGUCUCAAGCUCAAAGGACACACCCAUUUUGUCUCCCAUUGUCCUGUCGCUAAUGGUGUUCAAACCACUUUAUCCCACAGCAAUUCAACGCAUCACAGAGCUGUUAUACUCAGUGUUUCUAAAUAAAGCACUGUGGGGGAACAGUGUUAGCCACCUG